GGCCCCCCUACUUGCCACUUCUAGCUUGUCCAUGAUGCAGCCGAACAGAGAGACUUCGGAUGAACUAGCCAUCAUUGAUGAGAUGAUUAAAGAAGAUGGUUUUGGUGAGGACGGGGCCCCCAAGUUGAUUCCCAGAAGCACCAACUUCGCCCCGCCGGAGAUGGAAAGAGCUGGAAGGAUGAGCCUCUUGCUGGAGCCUUAUGGGGUCUCGGACAUCCCUACUCCGGGUUCACCCCAGGAUUCCUUCCCCCAACAGCUGUCCCGGACCCUCAAUAGUUUGUCCUUGCAGCCCCAGCUGGUCCCAAGGGGGCUGCCGCCCCUUCCGCUGCCCUCCAGCCGGGAUUUGGACGCUCUGUGGCCAGCUCCCGGCCCUUCGGGGUACUCCACGGUGGCCCCAAAACCUCUGGAUGACACGAUGUGUGACCUGCCCGAACUGGUGAUCAUCGAGCAGCCGAAACAACGGGGGAUGCGCUUCCGGUAUCAGUGCGAAGGACGGUCAGCCGGGAGCAUUUUGGGAGAAGGGAGCAGCGAGACCAACAAAACGCUGCCCACCAUUGAGCUGCAGAACUUUGAGGGGAUCCCGGAAGUGAAAGUGACAGCUUGUUUGGUUUGGAAGGACUGGCCUUAUCGUAUCCACCCUCACAGCCUGGUGGGGAAGGACUGCAGCAACGGGCUCUGUGAAGUGACCCUGAAGCCUCGAAUCAAUGCCAGGCAUAGCUUUAACAACCUCGGGAUCCAGUGUGUGAAGAAGAAGGACAUAGAGGAAUCCAUAGACAAAAAGCUACAACUCGGAAUUGACCCUUUCAAAGCUGGUUCACUGAAGAAUCACCAAGAAGUUGACAUGAACGUGGUGCGGAUCUGUUUCCAGGCCUCUUACCAGGAUUCUAUGGGGAAAACGUGGCACAUGAAUCCGGUCCUCUCGGAGCCCAUCUUUGACAAAAAAUCCACAAACACGUCGGAGCUCAAAAUUUACCGGAUGAACAAAGAACAGGGAAGCUGCGCCGGCGGCGAAGAAUUUUAUUUGCUCUGUGACAAAGUCCAGAAAGAAGACAUCUCUGUCAUUUUCCGGAAAGAUGCUUGGGAGGGCAGAGCUGAUUUUUCCCAAGCGGACGUCCAUCGGCAGAUCGCCAUUGUUUUUAAGACUCCCCCUUACCAACACCUGGACAUCCUGGAGCCCGUGGAAGUGGAGGUAUACCUGCGUCGCUUGACAGACAGCGUUUCCAGCGAACCGUUCAUGUUCACCUACCUGCCCAAAGAUACAGAUACAUACCGGGUCAACAAAAAACGGAAGCAAGGUAUGCCUGAUGUCCUGGGAGAACUUUCUGGUCCAGAUCCUCAUGGGAUUGAAGCAAAAAGGAAGAAGAAGAAGCCCGAAUAUAUGGACCAUUUCAACUUGACUCCUUCAGCAGACUUCUCCCUGCCCUCUCCAGACGACCGGGGUUUCCAGGCCAGCAUGGAGCGCAUCACGUUGCCGGAUCUCUUUGAGGAAUUUGGUCGGUUUCCCGGCUUUUCACCUUACAGCGGCCCCAGCUUGAGCGACGUGGUGCUGCCUUCUUUGACGAGCUACGAAGAGAGAGCGGAACGGGAAUUCUUGCUUGAUGCUUAUUCGGUCCAUUCGGGCAUCACCAUCCCUCUGCCGCUGCCUGGAGAUUGUGAUCCUGAAGGUGUGGCGACCUUGGUGGGAAGCAGCAUGUUUCCCAGUCAGUACAAAGAGGACGAAGAAGAUCUAGAAAUGGAGAACAUCGCAGACGUGUGACGGAAGGGCCCUUGUCUCUCCACGUUGGGGAGAAACCAGGAAAAAGACUUAUUCCUUGCUGACAACCGAAGGAGGGAAAAGUUGGUAGUGAUCUCUGCGGGACGGCACUCUCUGUGAGAAGGCGACUGGAGAAAACAUGGAAGGGAAAAAGAUCGCACUCCUUGUGGAAUAAUCCUAGAAGAGAAAUGGCAUCUUCGAGCGGGAGGGACUCUCUGGGCGCACUUCCUGUUUUCUCUUCCUCGACUCUCUCACAGCGCGUAAACUCCGAGCAGCGAGAACUGGAGGGAUCUUCGAAUUCCCGUGACGCUGCAGGAUGGUUCCUCGCCUUUGGCUUAGUGUGCACAAACCUAGGUUGAAAAAUAAUAUACGUAGUCCUCGAAUUACAACCACAACGGAGCCCCCAAAUUUCUGUGG